AUGCGGGAACACCCCGAGGAAGGCAAAGGAGCGCUGUCGGGCAUUUGCCGCGUCCUGUCAUCUCUCUGUAUCAGCCCCGCGCCGGUUCACGCGCUGGGCUUCCCCGCGGCCGGCGGGCGGGAGGAGCCGCUGUUUCCGCUGGGUGUCACUCUGGGCUGGGAGAGGCGCGUUCAAAAGCGGAGGGGAGGGAAAAGCCCGCCGACAAGCCCGGCCGCCCGCACCGGCAGCGCGCCGCUCGCCACGCCGCGGCACGGGCGGCAGCCGCUCCGCUUCCUGCGGGCCGGGGCGCUCCCGGCCCUCCGCCUCGGAGCCGGCGCCCGGCGGAGAGUGCUCGGCUGGUGCCGCCUGCACCCCGAGCCCAGCCCCUGCGGGCGGAGGCCGUCUAACCCUGCCAGAAGGAUGCUGGAGAGCGGCUGUAAGGCGGUGAAGGAGGGCAUGCUGGAGAAGAGGAGCGACGGGCUGCUGCAGCUCUGGAAGAAGAAGCGCUGUAUCCUCACCGAGGAGGGGCUGCUCCUCAUCCCCCCCAAGCAUCCCCCGCCGCCACAGCAGCAGCAGCAGCCGGCACCGCCGGCCGAGCCGGCGGCCAAGAUCAAGGAGCUUCACUUCUCCAACAUGAAGACGGUGGACUGCGUGGAGAGGAAGGGCAAGUACGUGUACUUCACGGUGGUGAUGGCCGAGGGGAAGGAGAUCGACUUUCGGUGCGCCCAGGAGCAGGGCUGGAACGCGGCGAUCACGCUGCAGAUGGUGCAGUACAAGAACCGGCAGGCCAUCCUGGCCGUGCGCUCCACCCGGCAGAAGCAGCAGCACCUGGCGGCCCCGCACGGGCCGCGCCUCCGCGGCGCCUCCAACUCCGCCUAGGCAGGUCACGGGCACGGAGCGCUUCGCACGGGACGGACAGAGCGCGUUCGUGGCGGACCUGCACCCGGGGCUCAGACGCUGGGCAAACGCCGGAGCUGCAGGUACACCGGAGAGAAGCGGCUCGAUAGCCUGAACCUCAGCCAGCUGCUGCUGCUGCUUUGCCGACCUCGGUGCCGAGAAGCAUUUCAAAUCCAUUAUUUAUGAACCUUGGAAAGGAUCCUUUGGUGCGAUGGGACUUCUAGGAGACAUGAUGUAACUUUAUUUUAAUGUAUUUUAUUUUAUUUAUUAGGGUUGUUUUCUUUUGGUUUUGUUUUCCUUUUUAUUUUUUUUUAAGGCUUAUUUGCAAGACGUUCCUGAAUGUAGGCCGUAGCAUAAAAAGUAAAGGAGAAGAUAAUAAUAUGCAUGUUAGGUCCCUGAAAAAACAAAAAAGUUCUGGGUACUUUGACUGUGUGCAAUUUGACAAAAAAGUUAUUCAUUUUUUACCCAAAAUACACUAUAUUCCACCAGCAUGGAAAAUGUGAUGUGUGUUUCAAAAUAUGGCUGAAACCCAUACUGCAUACGAAACCUAUUCUCUAAUGAGAACAACAAUUAUAAUCUGGGGUUUAAAUUAUUUUUUUUUUUUCAUAUUAAAUGUCAUGGAAGAUGUUAAAAAGUUAAUAAUGCUCGGCUGUUCAUGCUUGUCAUUCAGAGAUUAAAACCAAUCUGUUUAGUGUAUGAGCAGAAAAAAUCUGACCAACUUAUUUUGUGAUACAGGAAUCUGAGUUGGGUUCCAGCUAUCUGUGUGGUGUGCUUGCUCCUAGGCUGGUGGGCCAGAGCUGGAAAGUGUUCAUGAACAUUUCUUAGUGUCCAGGGCUCCCUCUGCACGCUAAGGCAUCUGUGUCUAAGGGAUCUGGACUCUAAAGCUCUGUUGCAUUUUCAUGGCGGUUUUUUAAUGUCUUGCAUUAAAGCAGCCCAUAGUUUAAAAUCCAUUUUAUGUAUGUUUUAGUGUGCAAAUGGAUUAUUUUGGUCACAGUUUUCAUAAGCUGAAAGUUGCUCUCUCGCUGAGAUGAACUAGAUUAAUUUUGGUGUUCAGCACUGUCAGAUGUUGAGAGAGGCGUGCCAUCUUGCCUCUAAAAACGUUGAUGAAGCCAUGAAGUUGGAAAACAAAGGGCUAAUUGCACAGCUGGUGUAUGUUUCGCUGCCUCUUACAAGUCAGAGGGAGUUUGGCUGCUGGCGGGAGCGGGUCGGAGCUCCUUGCCCAGUGCAGAGGAGGGAGUCGGGCGUGGGCAGUCAGCUUUCUAGGACAGGGUUCUAAUGAAGGGUGGCUUCACAUUGGGUGCUGCUACCACCCAGGUUCUCUGGUUUAAAUGAAAUAGGGAGGCUGCAAGAAAGACAGAGCAAUGUGGCCCAUUAUCUCUGGUCCAAGGUAAAAUGUCAAAGCCAUGGAGAUAUUUAUUUUAGCUGGUGUGGUGAGGAAAAUGGCUUUUGGCCCCUUUACAAUUUACAUUAAUAUAGAAAAAAGUCUUUUAAAGCUACACAUCCAAGGCUUUUCUUUGUGUGUAAAUGAGGUGUAACUUGACAGCAAGAGCCUUACAUUCUUGGUACAAGCUUAUAUCUGUAAAAGCAAAAGUUUUUUCAAAAGCAAAAAGCUGAAGUGAUAGCCAAAGGAAGAUUUUAGAAUUUGCUACUGUGUAUGCCAGUCCCUUCCUCUGCACUCUAUGAUUAAGCUUAGUCCUGUCAGGAGUAAGUUGAGGUCCGAGUCAGGUCUCAUCCUUUGUUCCUUCCCCCAGGGGUCAGGGUCACAUACCUAGACAAGCAAGACAUGUCAUGGUGCAGAAUCAAAGCCCUCUGUAGUUACUCCUGAGCACUUCUUUUUGACCUGGCCCUUGGCAAGGCUGAGUGAUGAACUUGAGGUGGUAGGUUACAGCUGUCCUAAUAAAGCCGUUAUUUUGUGAUUAAUUGAAAUCGAAGGUGCCCCGCAUCUUCGAGGAUUAGGUUCGUUGGCUUGGCAAUCAUAAUACUCAAUUUCCACAUCUCCGUACAUCUGCCAUUGUCAUUCUGCUAACGCUUGGAUGUUAGAGCUGCAAGGGGAUUCUCUAAUGAGCUAGUCAAAGACUCACCAAAUAGACUAUAAUUUGGCUCUUCUCUUUAGAGUGAUUAAGUACAGGUUACUGAGAAACUAAUCCACCUUUUCAGGUAUACAGAUGUAUUGCUGGUCUCACCUACUAAAAUGCAUUUUAGCCUUCUGAAGGAUAAAUGUAACUGAUGAGAAUUAAUUCUUAUUUGAUCAGAGACACAUGUAUUUCUCUGAGAGAGGCAGUUAUUAUUGUCCUCAGUGGAUGCAAGCCUCUGAAUGACACAGAAGUCUAUGGAUGUAGCCUAAAGCUGAAAUUUUACUGUUCUUCUGGAAGUCCUUGUACUUUGAAAGCUAAAGAUGAUAAUUUUAGUGAGAAAAUUGACAUGAAGGUAUGGGGAAAUGACUCUCAUUUUGAAUUUGCUGUUCCUUUUCACUGCUUCAAGGUCAAUACCCCACUUUUAUGUUUCUUGUUUUAAGUUGGUCUGAAGGAUGAUCUGAACACCUUUUGGACUAAUGUAAUUCAACAAACUUUUGUUGCUUGUCAUUGCCUGCUGUGUUACCUGUUCAAAAACUGUGGUGUCAGCCAGCCUCCUCGUGUGAGAGGUGGUCACAUCACAAAAUCUACCUUCAUAACUCCAGCCUGAGUGGGUGGGAUGAGUGUAAGGAUCAAACUUGUGUCUCCCAACUGUCUCCUGGAAACUGAAUGGGAAGAAAUUGGCUGGGGUCCCCUGGGGACAGCUGGACCGUGUGGCUCAUGCUCUGUCAGUAUAAAUAAGGCUAAAUUGUCUGAUGGGGACAGUCUGACAACUUUCUCACGCUCUGAAUUCCACGGCAUGUGGGUUUUUUGGGGUUUUGGGGAAUUUUUGUUUGGUUUUUUUUUUUAUUUUGUUUUGUUUUGGGUUUUUUUUUUUUGGUGGUUUUUUUUUUUUGGGGUUUUUUUUGACUGAUAGUAAUUUUUGACCAAGAAAGUGUUUGAUAUUAUAAAGGGUACUUCUGGGUUUUUUUUCAUCUUCAUAAGCAAAAAUGCUGGUAAACACACAGGCAAAUGCUUGGUAUAGAUAGCAAAAUGGGGGCAGUCUGUUCAUAAAAAGGUCAAAAUUACUUGUUAUAAUUAAAAAAAAAAAAGAAGUACUCAAGGGGCAGAUUCAGCAGGCUGUGGUGAUCAAGACAAUUUAGGAACUGGGGGGGAAGGAAGAUCAAGUGGAUGUUCUUUCUGUGACAUCCUGAAGUAAUUCCUCUUUUUUAAGGUUUGUGAUAUUCAAAUGCCAGCUUCUGAAUUAUGGCUGCAGUGAUGUACAAAAUGUUUUCUAGCAUAUCCUCUCAUGAGCAGAAAUACCAGUGUCGUCAAAAAAAAUUGUGUGUAAAUAUGACUCAUAAAUGAUUUCUGAGAGAUGUGAUUUAUUUUUCAUAUUUUUCAAGAUACAUUCCAUUUCAAAUAAAGAGGUAUCUAUUGAAAGAGCUCUCAA